AUGCGAGUGAGAGUCCGGGGCCCCGCCGGACAGAGCACUAUCACGCUUGAGCCAAGCACCACCGUGGCCGAGUUUAUAAAUCUCGUCAAAGAUACCACUGGACUUGCUGCUUUUGAGAUCAAAUAUGGCUACCCGAAUUUACAAACCCUUCGGAUCGAGGGAUACGACCCCGCACAAAAGAUUACCGAUGUAGGCGUGAAUCUGAACGGGGAACAGUUGAUCAUCAAUAGUAAGCAACAACAACAACAAGAAGAAGAAGGCGACUCUGCAGGGAAAACCACUGAUGUUGCACCAAAGCCAGCACCUUCGCAAGACUACUCGAAAGGUCCUGCUUCAUCUGCUUCACAGUCAACUGCAACCCCGUUACACGGUACAACGGAAGCCGAUACUGAACCACCGGAAGUACCAUCCCCCGAACACGCAGGAACUGUGGUGCUGCGCAUCAUGGCGGACGAUAAUUCGUGCCUUUUUCGAGCAGUUGGUGCUGCGGUCAUAGGAGGAAUGGAUACAAUGACGGAAUUACGCUCGAUCGUGGCCCAGACCAUCCAAGCACAGCCCGAGGUCUACAGCGACGUGGUGCUUGACAAGAGAGCAGACGAUUACUGCCGAUGGAUUCAGAGUGAAGAUGCCUGGGGUGGCGCUAUAGAACUCGACAUCCUCAGCAAGCACUUUGGGGUUGAAAUCUGUUCGAUCGACGUGCAGACACUGCGGGUGGAUCAUUUCAAUGAAGGGCAGGCUACGCGCUGCUUUGUCGUCUACUCUGGAAUACAUUACGAUAUGAUUGCCUUGUCCCCAUCGGAUCCUCCAUUCGCCCAUGCAUACGCGCCGCCGGACUUUGACACGCGCAUAUUCGACGCGGCAGACCCGGUCAUCCUCGAGAAGGCGCUCGAGCUGUGUCGCACGCUCCAGAAAAGACACUAUUACACAAACACGGCGACGUUCCAGAUCCGCUGUAAUACGUGUGGCGGGCUGUUCAUUGGAGAGAAGGGAGCAACAGAGCAUGCAUCGAAGACGGGGCAUUACGACUUUGGCGAGGCCGGCUGA